CGCGUCUAGCUUGACGUCAGCGCGCAGCGGCAGCAGGAGGGAGCGGCUCUGAUAGAGCGACAUCCACAGAGAGUGGGGGAGAGAGAGAGAGAGAGCAGCGGAGCGGACGGGUGGAUGACUACAGACAGUCAGGAUGCGUGAAUACAAACUGGUUGUUUUAGGAUCAGGAGGAGUCGGCAAGUCAGCUCUGACUGUCCAGUUUGUUCAGGGGAUCUUUGUGGAGAAGUACGACCCGACGAUAGAGGAUUCCUACAGGAAGCAAGUCGAGGUCGAUGGACAGCAGUGCAUGUUGGAGAUCCUGGAUACAGCAGGAACAGAGCAGUUCACUGCGAUGAGAGACCUGUACAUGAAGAACGGCCAGGGUUUCGCUCUGGUUUACUCCAUCACGGCUCAGUCGACCUUCAACGACCUCCAGGACCUCCGAGAGCAGAUCCUCAGAGUGAAGGACACCGAGGACGUGCCUAUGAUUCUGGUUGGAAAUAAGUGCGACCUGGAGGUGGAGCGUGUGGUGGCCAAAGAGUCCGGCAUCGGCCUUGCCCGCCAGUGGAAUUCCUGCGCCUUCCUGGAGACUUCAGCCAAAAGCAAGAUCAACGUCAACGAGAUCUUCUAUGACCUUGUGCGACAGAUUAACAGGAAGAGUCCAGUUCCAGGGAAGACUCGCAAAAAGUCCACCUGUCAACUUCUCUAAUGACAGUUUUCUGCUCACCUGACCAACAACCAACCAACCAACCCAUCACACCACAUCUUCCAGCUGGCCACGCCCCUUUAACAUGUCAUCGUCAACAUCAGCCGCCUCUGACCUCUGUUCCCGUGAUGACCACAUCUCCUAUCCCCUCACCACACUGUCCGACGAAGACGGUUGCCUUGGAAACAUUCAAACCAAACAUCAAAAAACUGUGGCGGCGAUGAUGACGAUAAUGAUUCUGCUGUUGCAGGAGUGGGAGCUGUCCAAACAACCGCCCAAAUUUAAACAACGGUUCCCAUCAUACUCUCUGCUAGGCCAUUUUGCGCUGGGGAGUGGCUUCUUGCUUUUAAUUUUAAAUGUGUCUUUCCUUUUCUUUCUUUUUUUUUUUUCCUUUUACUUAUUUUCCAGUAGUCCUGAGCCAAUCACACGUGUUUUGACCACUUCACAGUUAGCAUAACAUGGCUGACUCUGUGUGUGUGUGGGGCUCUGGUAGAACCUGUGGAUCCAUACAGUGGCUAUUAUUACAGUGGUUAUUAUUAUGAUUCUGUAUGAAAAAAUAUAAAAGUCAAUUAUUGUUUUUGUUUUUUGGGGUCGGGGUGGGGGAUUGGGGUGUGCGGCAGAUUGCGAAGUCGGCUCACCGUGCUAGUAGCUUUGAGCUAACGUCAGUUACCUGACAGUUACAAGAGUGAAUUGGCAAUAUUCUGCUAAUGCCAACCAUCAAAAUCUACCAUUUUUUGGUUCGUUAGCUUUGCUUUGAUAUUUUUAAAGAUGUUAAUCUGUACUUAGCUUGUGUAGCUUUGGGCUACCUUGUUAGCGUAGCAACUAGUAAAACACAUUAGAAAGAUUUGGUGGGAUGUUAGCAUUAUUAGUAUAUCCCUAAAAAACUGAGGGUAGCGUUUGGCCAAGGGCUAGCUCCUAGUUCCAGUAGCAGAUGAAAUGCAUUCAGAUUGUUAGGAGGGAAUGCUAACUGUCAAAAUAUUUGGUUUGUUAGCAUGUUUUUAAAGAUGUUAAUCUGUACUCAGCUUAUGUAGCUUUGGGCUACCUUGUUAGCCUAGCAGCUAGAAAAAUAAAUUAGAAAUAUUGUGAACAAAUUUAGCUGUUUGUGGGGUGUUAGCAUUAUUAGUGUAUCCCUAAAGAAACUGGUGGUAGCUGUUGGCCAAGGGCUAGCUCCUAGUUUUAGUAGCACAUGAAAUGCAUUGGCAUUGUUGGAAGGGAAUGCUAAUUAUGCUAACACACUGUAAUUGUUUGUUAACAGCAUUUAGUUUCAAAACAUUAACAAUGAAACACUUGCAACAUUUUAACAAAUCAAACAGUGUACAAAAUGUAUUUCAAAGAGCUGUUAGUUGUGGGCUAGCUUGUUGGCUAAUAGCCAAUGCAAUAUAUUUGGUAUGUUGUGAGGGAAUGCUAACAACAUCAAAUAAACAAUUAAAUGAUA